GGGACUAGGGGAGACAGGCUCAUGGCGGACGUCAGUUUGAGUCGAUACCUUGUUUGAUUCGUAUCUUCAUCCCGAUGACAGCUUUAAGGCGCAUAGGAUGCCGACUUUCCUCCUUCUACUCCUCGGACUAACGGCAGGAUGCGUCAGGACCCAGGAUAGUAGUGAGGGAAUCCCCGCAGCGGUCGCCUCUCCCCUGAAGAAAGCCAAGGCGGGGCCUGGCGACCCCUGCGAGGAUCUCUGUGGCCCGGGAACCCAUACCAUCUGCGACAACAAGACCAAGACCUGCAAGUGCGACAAACACCAUCCCGUCGCCAUUGACAACAAAUUCUGCGUCAAACCUGUUCAACUUGGUAAACCCUGUGUGCAUCAUGACCAAUGCCAGUUUCAUGAUGUGCACGCAAUCUGCCGGGAGUAUGCUAUUAAUUACACUGAAUGUCAAUGUCGCGAGAAAUACGAAAUUAAGGCCCUCCAGGGCCAGGGCUUCUCCCAGCCAAAUCUCUGUUUUCCCGAUUUAGACUCCCUGAAGGCAGAUGUUCCCACACUACUGGGUCUGGGUCUAGGCAUGUCCGUGUUGUCCGCACUCAUCUGUCUUGUGCUCAAGAUUUUUGCCCGUGCCCGUUUUGUACGCCCACGUCGUUAUGCAGAUGCUCAUAUUAAUCCACCCCUCACGGUCUCUGGUCAGCUAAGCCGGGAAGGUGAGCGUCGUGUGUGUACACACGCACAUGGGCACAAAGUGUACGCCCGCCGCCAGAGUUACCCCCAGCGCCGUGCCUCCGCCCUAGUCCUGCAGCCCCCCCACUGCAGUUCCCCCCAGCAGAGGUCCUCCCUCCAACCCCUGAGGGUGAUUCCUGAGCACCCUGGGUCGCCCCGAAGCAUACCAGGCCGAGGGGUCAGAUCUACACCCUCCCUCCAGCAAAAUCCUCGCGAAACAUAUGCUGCCUUUGCCUUGGCUGCUAAUGCAUCCACCAGCAGCAGUCCAGCACGGGGCAGAACCCACUCACUGCGAUCUUCAACUAAAUCUGCAUCCUCCUCCAGAAGACCCUCUUAUAGCUCCCUCCAAGCCCUACGUCCAGGCACCAGGCGGUCUUCGCAAGCAUCGCUACGACUGGUCGUUGGGGAAGGUCGUGGAGAACCGAUUGGAUACUACGUGUGCAUUAGGGACCCCGCCUCCGUUCAUUCUAGAGGAGGCUCCAGACGACCUUCUCAAGCUUCUGUGGCAUCAAGCUCUGGUGAUCUUCGUGAGGGCCGUGUUCAUCAUUACCUGUACAUGAGGGCACCAAAUUAUUCCCUUACCUCAGAGACCAACACCACAACCACCGGCACCUCAGAUUCUUCUCCACGAACCCCCAAGAGCACAGAACAACUUUUGGCAGUUUAUCAUUCUGUUCCUGAGCACUCGGUCCUGGAGCUGGGUGGUGUUGGUUCUUCGCACACCACCUCCACCCUUGGGUCUUCCAGUGAUGAUGUGUUUAAGGAAGAAGAUGAGGAUGAGGAGGAGGAGGAGGAGGAAGAGGAGGAUGAGGAUCAGCAGCAGCAGGAAGAAGAGGCUAAGGCUAGGCUCAUUGUAUAGGGAGUGGUAGAAGAUCACAGACCAGAGGGACAAAAAUGGUAGAAGAGAGGCAAAAGGGCAGAAGCAGUGAUAUCAAAAACACUGUCCUCAAGUGAAACAAAAUAAUUUUAAGCAUGCAGAAGAGAAACUCCUGUUACAUGCUUAACAUUUCAUGGGACAGCUACUAUCAUGUACAAAUUGCUUCAAAAUUGUUUUUGACACAUAAAGAUAAAUGAAUUUGAUAAAACUUUUAAAUAUGAACAUUGUUGAACUAUACUAUAGCCAAAAUUAUUAUACAACUUCUUUCAAAAAUUAAAGUACUGUAUGUAGCUGAAGGUAAGCAGUUUAUUUCCAGAGAACUUUAUGUCAAUCAAAAUAAUGGUAUUGGAUGUUGUUAUACAGUAGUACUGUAUAUCAAAGUUCUGGACUUCUUUCCUACAAAUGUGUAGCAAUAAAUGCUAUAAAGCUACCGAGUAUAUAAAUUAUUGUUUUAUAUAUAUAUAUAUAUAUAUAUAUAUAUAUAUAUAUAUAUAUAUAUAUAUAUAUAUAUAUAUAUAUAUAUAUAUAUAUAUAUAUAUAUAUAUAUAUACACUGUAUUAUUAUUUUUUUCAUUUAAAGAUGAUGUAAGAAAGAAAUUUACUUACAACUACGAAGCUGAAAUUUUUCUAUGAGUAUAAUAAUGGUGAUCUUUUAAUUUUUUAUUUCUUAAGGAUACUAUGGAAAUCCUAAGCAUUUCUCACGAUGGCAUUUAGGUCCGUAAUUUCAUACUUUUCAACUUAAUUAAAAGUUGAAAUUUCUGUAAGAAUUUUUAUAAUGUAUUGAAGUACAGUAUGUGAAACAUCUGCAGUAAACAUUAAAGAUUUCUACAGUAUUAGUGCCAGGAAUAAUAUAUAAGGAAUGUUCGAUACAAAUUUGUACCGUGUAUUAGAGGUUCCCUAUCAUUUAAGACUUUAAUAUACAUUGGCCCUCUUUCUCAAGUAAAUAUAAUUACAGUAUAGCUGAAGGAUUUGAAUCAUGAUCAUAAUACUGCAGUAAAAAAAAAUAAGUAUGAAAUACUAAAAUUAAAAUACCACAAUAACUAAAUUUGUAUAAGGAACUAUACACUGAACUUACUGACAAUAACAUUAUGAGGGAAAAUAGUCUUCAUUCAGCUGCUGUCAAUUAAAAUAGAUAAUAGGUAGAAUAGAUGUGCCAAAUUAAUUGUGAUACUGUAGAUCUUCCUAAUUUCAUCCAGGUAAAUGAGAAAACUAAUUGCUCUUCCAUUCUCAAAAUUUUGAAGCCUUUUAGAGGAAUAAUAGAAAUGCAAGUUUUAGAAAAUACUGUAAAUUUUGUUUGAUUAGAUUCAGAACUGAUAAAGUAGGCAAAUAAAAGACUUAGAGUGUAUAGUCAAGUGAAAGGCACUUAAACAAGGCUUCAACUUUUCCCUUUUUGGCUACUUAGAAUGCAAAACAUUAAGAUCAAAACUGGCAAAAAUAGUCUGAAAAUCUUACAAACAAUGCAACGAUUUAGGGACGAACUGUGCGUACCUGCAAUAUAAUAUUACAGAAAGUGUACAGGCAAGAUAGUUAACAUUUCCCGCAUCUUAAGAAAUCAUGUUUCUUCUAUUUAGACAUAAAAUAUAUUUAACACAACUAUUUUAACUUUUGAUAGAAACUAUCUUGUCAGAACAGCUUUCGGAGUACCAAUCAUCAAAACUUUUGAGUUUUCCAUAUUUUUAUGUAAAAGCCUGAUGACUGCUAUCCAGUGGUUUUUACAUAGGAGUAAGAGUUUCUCGGAGGUACGAAAGGUCAAUACAUAUCGAGAAUAUACAGUAUAUAAUGCUUUUCUCAGUAUUUUCAAUAAAAGCAAUAUCAUUUUGCAAUUAUUUGCUCGUGAAAUGCAUAAACAUUAUUGGAUAUUCAUAAUUAUUAAUAUAAAUAUAAUAUACACCUAGGAUUUUGUUCCAACCAUCAAAUUUAUCUCCAAAUAUCUUCUUUGGAGACUGACCAAAUAUGAAACUUUAUAGAUUAUAUUGGAUAUUGUAAGAUUUACAACAGUUCAAGGCUCACAAAGCUCCAGAUUCCAUCAUGCUUGAUGGUAUCUGAAGGAGAUGGGGCAUGGAGGCAUUAAUUAUCAGUCUCUCAUCAGGUAAAACUUACAUGGGUUAGUGCACAUGCAUGUAACCCCUCUCAAAACAUGAGUGAAAAUGCCUGACAUUCCCCAAAUCCUUCUUCUAAUAAUUCUUAUUAAUCUCGCGGGUGACCAACUAGAUGUUAUCUACAAUAAAUCUUGACAUAUGAGUGUGGGUCUCAAAGCUUUUCUCUUAGAUUUAAGAAGAUUGUUGUUUGUGUUCUGAAGUAGAACUGGGGUCAUAUUGAGACAAAAACAAGCACUGCAUCAAUUAAUCACACUACUUGGUGACCCUAUAGUUAAUCAAAUAUUAACAGAUGCUAGUUGUUCCUAACUUUCCACUACCCCCUUAGCAGCCAACCAUAGUACCUGUAGACAAUGUAGCAAUCAUAUUACAUAAAUAGACUGCCUCAAAUACAUAAUCACUUUUUAUUAAUCUUUGUAGAACCUAUGAAUUGAAUGUAUCAGUGAUGUAGAGCACUCAAGCACCAAUUUACAUCAAGGACUAUUUCAGAAUUUGUGCUACAGUCUUCUAUGAGCAUGCUAACAGACGGACCAGUCAGAAAGUUCCAAUACAGACCAUACAAUUCCAAUAGAGAAUAACUUAAAGCUUUGAACAAACUCUAGAACCACACAUUUCGGUAUACUAUCUAAGUUUUGGUAUAAAUGAUUUCUGUCUAUGUUGCUGAAAAUCUGAGUUAUUUAAAAGUUUAUUAUGUGUGAUGACGAAUAAAAAUCAUAUUUGUUUUGUUGGAGGAUAUGUUGAAUGAGAUCCUCUGAAAACUAUGUUAUUCCUUGAGUGAAAAAAGGAUAAACAUUGCUUGAGUUUAGCCAGACUUAAUCAACACCUGAACAAGUCAACACCACAGUCAGUAAACAUAUGACAAGGAGGAGGUUCACCUUAUGCCCACUUCAUUUUCAUGUAUAGGGGGACCCUUCAACAAGUCAGUCUGUGGUUAUUUUGUUUAUAAAUAUCUUGAUAUGUGAGAACAUCACAUAUUUUGUAUACAAUGAAUAAUUUCUCUGGAAGCUUACUCUCCUACUCUAAUCAUCCAGGAGAACAGCCCUAUUGAAAUUGUUCACUUUAUCCAAAUAUUUAAUUUCUUCAUAUAUUAAAGCUCAAAGGAAAAUAUACAUUAUGAUAUCCUCCAGUUCACAAUUCAUCUGUUUAUUUUAGACGAAACCUUGAGUGGCCUCGGUACCAUGGGCUCAGCCGGUGCCAGGAAUGGGUUUGGUGGUUAUAAUAGGUUACAUUAUAGGUAUUUUGUUGUUGGUCGUCCGCGCCAUCAAUAUUUUACCCAAUGGUUAACUGCUUGUAAUUGAUAUAAUACGUUCUUACAAAAGCCAGGAGGUCCAUUAAAGGUGUGUCUUGUGACAGAUUUUUGGGGGCCUUAUAUUUAGUCCAUUUGCUACAUCUCUGGAUAAAAGAUAUUAUGGCAUAUAUGCUGAAUUUUGCAGUUCAAUUCAUUGGGUGAAAUGGUGAUGAAAGACCAUAUAACAUAAUAGAUGUUUAAGGGCAAGUACAUUCAUGUGUAAUAUAUUCCCUUAUCUGUAGACAAUCCUAAUAUAGAUGUAAAAGCUAUGUAUUAAGUGUGCCAAAAUGUUUAGUUGUCAGUUAAUGAUGUUCUAAUGUGCCGACUAUCUUGUAUACACCCUCGCUUUAUAGUCAAAGAGUUCAUUGUACUUUACGUCACAAGUUCUCGGCGCCCAAGUGUAUGUUCCAUGUGGCAAUAUAAUGACUAUUUGUCUGUUUCAUGUAGUAUAUGUUCUAGACUACAAUAAUGAUUUUAAUAUUACUCCAAUCGUUACCUCAAGAUACUGGCAACAGGCUUGUGGUAGAUCCGUAUCAGUAAUUAAGGAUGGUUGGCAGGAAUUUUUCCGAUUUUUUUGGGUAUGUUCGAAGUGGUUUAAGGUUAGGAGAUUUGUGAAUAUACAAGUUCACGGCCUUCUUCCCCAUGCGCUUAUAAUACAAGUUCAAAGGCCUGAAUUUUUAAAUGUCACUUGGUUAAUAGUUAAGGAAAUGGUACUAGCACUGUGUUAACCCUUCAAGUUGCAAAAUAUCUGCACUUCUAAUAUUUGCAUAAUUGUACGGGACAGUUGCUUACGUACUAACUUUUGCAUAAGUACUGACUUAAAACUCAGUAAUGUUUAAGAAUUGGGGCCAAAGUCUUCAGCUCAUUCCUGCUCAUGGAGACUCACCCACUUCCUGAGAGUUGAGUUUGGGUUGGAUUUUGAGCGAAGACAAGUGAACUAUUCUAGUUUUCUUCAGGAUUUUAUGAAAGUUAACAGGGUUGACGCUUGACAGAUGGAACUACUGUAUAGCGCUCUGCGCAUAAUGAAUACACAGUCAACUGUAUUGUCAAGUCUUGUAAAGAAUUGUGACUAUGAUGUUUGUUACGCUGAGAAGGUUAUGCAAGAUCAUAAUACCUAAGGAAAGAGCAUCACAAAAAAUACAACAGGAAGACUUACGACUCCCAAUUUUGUCUUGAAUGCAGUUGGUCAUGGAGGUAUUACUCUCCAGCCCCUCAUUCUCUCAGGCUGUGCUAGGGCCACACGAUAUGCAUUAACUGUCCUGUUUGUGUUUGGUUGCUAAUGUAACCAGCUGGUGACAGUAUAUCCAGCUAAACCAAAGGACAUUGGACAGUGAUGCUUUGAGACUUCCAGCCGUUAUGUGGGACACCCAGAAGCACAAAAGGAUGUCGAACAAUGGUUGACAGUCCAAAAUGCAAGUACCCUACAUUUGGAUUAUCAACUCAGUGGAUGCAUAAAUAAAGGAAUACAUGUUUGUAAAGAGUGAGUUAGAAUCAGACAUCAUAGUGGGUAAAUGGCAAAAAAUGAGUAAGAGAAUAAGAAAGGUUGAGAUAGACUCCGUUGUACAUCAGUGUUGUCGAGUCAUGUUGUCCCCCGUACAUACAAGUACAAUAUUCAACCAUUUCGUGCUA